AUGUUCUUCUCAGAUAGGACUCUCUCAGCCGUCAGUUAUGCGCUCCUGUUGGGAAUAACGUGUCUGACCGUCCUCUGCGACCUCACCAAGGGCUCUUCAGACUUUUCAGGUUAUCUGUCCAAAGUCUUAAAGAACUAUACCGAGCAGGCCUGUGACGGAGACUUCCUGUCUGUCCGCUGCCCACCCCGCACCACCAUCACCGUCCAAUCCGCUUUCUAUGGAAGGAAAGGUGCUUCUGACCCCCAACAGUGCCCUCAGACCUACCAGGCCCUCUUAAGUUCUUAUAACGCUCAGGAGGAUGACCGAUAUUGUUCUGUGUCCACUGCACUACAGAAAAUGCUGGACGAGUGCCAAGACAGAAGGAGCUGUCAAGUUCUUGUCAACAGCCGCGUGUUUGGGACAGACCAGUGUCCUGGCAGCAGUAAAUACCUCAUUGUCUGGUACAAAUGCAGACCUAACGAGUAUAAAAGUAAGGUGGUCUGUGAGGAGGAGAGGAUGAGGCUGAGCUGUAAACGUGGAAUGCAGAUCGCCAUUUACUCCGCCAUGUUUGGCCGAACUCAACAAGGCACCCUGGAGUGUCCCCUCCACUACAGGAGAGCCCCGUCAGUCGACUGCCAGUCACCUGUGGCUCUGCAGGUUCUCACCUCCCACUGUCAGGGCAAGAAGACUUGUGCGGUUCGAGCCUCCACCAGAGAUUUUGGAGAUCCCUGCUACGCUGGCACCAGGAAGUACCUCAGUGUCAUUUACACCUGUGUCCCAAAGAAGUUGCUCCAGGACCAGAACCCAAGACCACCGGUGUAUGCCCCGCCAUCCAGCGCCCAUGACCCCAACAUAGUGGGAGACAGCCCUCCUGAGGGGACCUCCAUCAAAAGCCCUGACACUGUUCCAGAUAGGAAGCGGAUCAGGGAGACAAACCCCAACGAGGAGAAGUCUGCAGAAACCGAAAGAGGAGGAGGAGAACGUCCUCUCCCUCCCCCAGCCACGAAUCCAAUCAUCAACACCACCUCUAGCUCCAACAUGGCCCUCAUCAGCAACGCGCUGGCAGCCUACACCUACAUAUCAGACCACCCAGAGAGGGCAGCGCUCUUCUUUGUCUGUGGAGUGUGUUUGGGCCUCUUCCUCACACUAUUCGCCCUGGUGGUCCAGAUCUCCUGUCGCACUGACUGCCAGCCCCGGCAGCGGCCUCCUGCCAAGAAACGAGCGCGCCCCACUGACUCGUCCUCCGAUUCCAGUGACUCGGACUCGGACUGGGACACCACCUCGGACCUGUCAGCACGGCGGCACCGUCGUUUUGAACGCACACUUAACAUGAACGUGUUCACGUCAGCAGAAGAGCUGGAAAGAGCGCAGAGGCUGGAGGAGAGGGAGAGAAUCAUCCGAGAGAUCUGGAUGAACGGGCAACCUGACAUCCCCGGGACACGGAGCCUCAAUCGGUAUUACUGAGGGCUAUUGAUUGAGUGCUUACUUAACUUGAACAAAAUUUAGGACGCACUUGGUGUGGAAGAAGCAAGAGACUACUCCCUAGUGAAGCUUUAUGCAACAGCAACUGUGGACCACUCUGAUUUGGACGCUGGUGAGAACAGUGGAAGGUAUUGCAGAAGAAAGCCUUCCCUCUCUGCUAGUUUGCAUAUUCCUCUGGGUCUCAUACCCCAUUCAGUAAGAGAAUAAGCUCUCCUCUGCAUGGUAAGCUCACCUCUUAGCUGGCUCUUACUGCCGGAAACGAGGGGUGAAAAGCUACACUGCCUUGCCAGUGACCUCAGCAGGCCUUUUUGAAGUGGGGAUUUAUGGGUUAGCUGCCUUAGACACAUAUAGGCCUGUAGAGACUACAUGGUGACUGAAGGACCAAGGCCUCACAUGGGUCUGUUUUAUACAGAGUGCGAUGCAGCUGUGACACUUGGAGCUUUAU